AUGGUAGAUCAAAGGUCAAAUAGAAUGCCCUCAAAACAGCUGCGUUCUAAGAAGGCUUCUUUGAGCUAUUCUCAGCCACUAUCUGGCUCAAGUAGUAGAAGCAGCACUCAGGCAACUGUUCCACAGACAGAAAAUUUCCACAAUAUGUCGGCCAUGGAACUUAUCAAGAGCGUCAUUGAGCUUAAUCAUGACCCAGCCAUCGAAAACAUGCUAAUUGCACUUUCGGAGAAGAUUCCCAUGAAAUUCGCCGAUCUUAUCGAGGGCGAUAAACGGAGCCGAAGUAUAGUAAUCUCAGGACUGGAGGAAGGGCAAGAUGGUCUACGACCGUCGGCGCGUCAGAGGGAUCUGGAGGACAAAGUUGCUGAAGUUCUCGUUGCCGUAGAUGUGGAAUGUCGUCCGGUUGAAAUAUAUCGUAUGGGAAAACCGAAUUCCAAACACCCUCGCGUGGUGAAAGUUGUCCUGCCAUCUAGAGUUCACCGGCGUGCUCUUGCCAGUGCUCGUCUUCUUCGAGAUGCUGGGUUUCCGAAGGUCUUCAUACGUCGGAGUAUGACCGAGGAUGAAAGGAAACGGGAAUAUGAGCUGCGGCAAGAAGCUCGUGAACGAAAUAAGGGUAGUGGCGUUCGCGAAUGGGUUGUCUAUCAUGGACAGCUCAAGCGCGCAGCUGAAUUGCCACACAAUCGUCCGGGAAACCUCUAA